UCCGUAGACAGAGGUCACAGCCACAAUAGAAGAAAACAGGUGCAGAAACGCUCAUUAGUUAGUCUUCACACUUCAGUCAAAUGUCUCAACUACUAAGGCCACCACCUUCUCUUUCUUCUUCCUCCUCGUACUUCUCAACCCUCACAACUUCUCCUCCUUGUUCUUCCACCCGAAGCUACACCAUAUUUAACUCAACCCUCCCUUUCUUUAAGCUCCGAACCUCACCACUCACCCACUUUCACUUCUCUCCCAGCGAUCCACUCCAUUCUUUAACACCCAUUCGAAGUCAAAGCAUGUCGCAUUCAAGCAGCAACGCUGUGCUAGAGGACAACACCAGAUGGUCACUUCGCGGAAUGACAGCUCUCGUCACCGGUGGUACUCGCGGGAUCGGGCAUGCUAUCGUGGAGGAAUUGCUGGGACUCGGGGCGAAAGUUCAUACCUGUUGUCGGAAUGCCGAGGAACUUAAUAGUUGCUUGAUGGGUUGGAAAAAAUUGGGGUUUGAGGUUAGUGGGUCAGUUUGCGAUGUGUCAAAAAGGGCUCAGAGAGAGGAGCUAAUGGAGAUUGUGUCCUCUGUGUUUGAUGGGAAGCUCAACAUUCUUAUAAACAAUGUGGGAACAAAUAUAAGGAAACCAAUGGUGGAGUUCACGGCUGAAGAAUUUUCCACUCUCAUGGCAACAAAUUUCGAAUCAGUUUUCCAUUUGUGCCAGCUUACUCAUCCACUACUUAAAGCAUCUGGGAAGGGAAGUGUUGUGUUCAUGUCUUCUGUGUCCGGAUUUGUGUCACUGAAGUCCAUGUCCGUUCAGGGAUCAACCAAAGGGGCGAUCAAUCAACUUACCAGAAAUUUGGCCUGUGAGUGGGCAAAAGACAACAUAAGAAUUAAUUCUGUAGCACCUUGGUACAUCAAAACCUCAAUGGUGAAACAGGUACUCAGCAACGAAGAAUACUUAGAAGAAGUGUAUGCAAGAACUCCUCUAAGGCGACUUGGAAAUCCAGAAGAGGUGUCUUCUGUGGUGGCAUUCCUUUGCUUACCUGCAUCUUCCUACAUUACUGGGCAAGUUAUUUGUGUAGAUGGGGGAAUGUCCAUUAACGGUUUUUACCCAAGCCAUGACUAGAGGCCCUGAAAUUACAGGCGUUUUUGUGCUCAAUCUUUCUGUUCUCUCUUUCUCCCUCUCCAAAAAUCCAACAGGCAACAAAUGUAGUUGAGAGUUCAACGAUGGAAGGUGUUAGGUAUGAGUUUGAGAAAGAUUUUUUUAUUUUGCCUAAAGAGACUUUUGUUGGCUCCGGGCUGGUCGAUUUAGUUAGUGGAAUAAUAAUAAUAGGUUGUUUAUGGAAAGAAAGAAUUUCAAUUUUUGCAGCCAAGUAAAAAAUUUCAUUUGACUCAAGGUUCACCUUGUACAUUCUAUUUAGUCCGAGCACAUGGCUAAACCUUAAUGAUAAAAUAUUAGUGAUCUCUGUUUUUUAAA